UGCGCAUGCGCAAUAUCGCCCAGUGCAGGGACUGGAUGAGGUGCGGACUCUCCGCCUCAUUCUUUGGAACAACACAGACUAUCAGCUCUUGGUCAGCGCUCGGCGUCCUGUGGAUCGCAUUUUUACCAGUGGCGUUUAAUGAAACGGAAAAGCAUUUCGGACGCUAUUGCCAAGAGUAUUAUACCGGAGUUACGCGUCACCCCACCCAGUGCACCCGGACUGUAUGCUGAGCUGUGACCCGGCAGCCGGGGAAGUGCGCGAGCCCCGGACUUUAUCUGCACGUGCACCCUAUUGACAGCCACAAUCUAGUACACUAUAUAAAACACGCACAUCUGUACAUACUCUCCGCACACAUGUGCACAUGCACUUUUGUCCUAUGCACACCGUCAUUAUCAUUACCUACACUGACAGCUCCUGCACUUCAUCCCAUCUGUAGGUAGGCGCUCACACCCCCAGGUACACUGUCAGUACAGUACACCUGUAUCGCUUCCAUCCUCAUACAUCUGGAGAUGCUAUCCUGCCAUUACCUACAGAUCUGAUUUCUGCAACACAUUUACUGUUUUCCCAAAUAGAGUUUUAGUUAUUUGCUUUUGAGUCUACUUCGAUUUUAGUCCAUAUAGGUAUCCUCUGCAGAGAAUAAUAUUUAUAAAAUGCAAUACCCAUUUUAGAUCUGCAGAUUUCCAAUCUUAUGGUUUAAAAUACAUGUAAGUACCUUGUGAAAUUUAAUAUUAUACAUAACUAUUUAAAAUUCUAUUAUAAAAAUACAUAUACCUAUAUUUAACUGCUUCCAUUAAGUAACAUAUGCAAAUUAAAAAUCUCUUUAUCAAAUAACAUUUAACUCUUUCUAUGAAACUUCUGAAACUGUAGCUUGUUCUGCAAUAAAACCUAUAACAAAUAUAUAUUUAUAUUAAGUCUAUGCACAUCCUUUAAGGGAAUUGUAAAUGCUGACAUAUCUUGCAAUACAGGUGCACAUUGGUUCUGUUUUAUUGAUAAUAUAAAUACUGAUAUUAGGUACAUCUCAGUAUAGGUCUUACAUCUGUACACAGUUUAAUAGCUAGGUUCCAGUGACUCACGGUACAAUGGCAAUGCUGCCAUUAUUGAGCCGGACUACUUUACGCCCAACUGUUACUCUGAAACCAUGGACCUGGCUUGGAAUGAGCAGGAAGAAAUGCCUGGGUAGUCCCAUCAUGCCCUCCUGCAGGGCCCUUGGCACCCAUCCAAGGAAGGAACCUAUGGAGCCCCUCAACACAGCUCAAGGAGCCCGGGAUUUCAUAUACAGUCUUCACCCCACUGAGAGAAGCUGCUUGCUGCGAGAACUGCAUCGAUUUGAAUCCAUAGCUAUUGCACAAGCUUCUCGGUAUCCAAAAACUCAGCCUAUUGUGAAGAAGCCUAAACUUAAGGUGGUUUCCCUGGAAGACACUAAUAAUUAUGAAAAACUGGAAGUUGCCCCACCAUCUUCAACACAACUAAAACAUGUGUUCUUCCACAAUGCCCUUCCAUUUGUAGGCUUUGGUUUCCUAGAUAACGCCAUCAUGAUUGCUGCGGGCACACAGAUAGAAUUAUCUAUAGGCGUCGUUUUAGGAAUCUCAACAAUGGCAGCUGCUGCCUUAGGAAACCUAGUGUCGGAUUUAGCAGGGCUUGGACUUGCAGGCUAUGUUGAAGCAAUAUCUUCAAGGUUAGGUCUACCGAUUCCAGAUUUGACUCCCAAACAAGCGGAUAUGUGGCAGACACGUGUCAGUGCUCACGUUGGUAAAGCAAUAGGCGUUGCAAUUGGCUGCAUUUUAGGAAUGUUUCCUUUGCUGUUCUUCUCAGGGGAUGAAGAGGAAAAAUCAGAGAAGAAGAAAUGACAUUUUAUAACCUAAUAAAAUCAUACCUCAAUUCAGUAUGUUGUCACCAUAUUUACAAGCAAAGGACAGAUAACUGGGAACAAACAUUCAGCAUGUAGGGAACGUUUGAAUCGAAGAUGCGACAAUUAAUUCUUUCUUUGAUUGUCUCCCCUUUUUUGCGUGACAAAUCAGUACAAUUUUCUACACUUAAGAUCAGUUAUCAUCUUCUCAGUUUUCAGUGAAAGGGAUUUCCAAGACCUUUAGUACUUUAGAUAAGGAAAAUAUAGUCUGUUUAUCAUUUAACCUAGUUUUUGGUGCUAUACCUUGGAAAAAUGGGUGAUACGUUGCUAUGGUUUCCUUUAUGCUUUGCAAACACUAAUCCACUGUAUCACAUCACUGCUUCCAGACCAUAACCCCCUUUAAAUAGAAUGCUCAUGAAAAAUUCAUACUGGACAAUGCCUUGUAAUCUUUUGGUAUCAUCAUAUCUUAUGCAUUUAAAAUACCUAGCACUGUAAAGAGGAUAUAUGGUCAACUACUACAUAGGAAUAAAAUAAGCUGCUCCACUUAUACUUAAACAUAAUGUUAAUGAAACAAUAAAAUGGUCUUUAUACUUAUAAAUUACUAUCUCUACAUAACUCCAUUAAAACCAGUAAUGACUCAAUAUGAUCUAUAUAGGUUUACUAAUUUAGUUUUCUCCUCUCUCUCUGCAUGGUUUUAAAGAAUUAUUGUAACCUCACUUGGCUGUGCGUGCCUUGAGUGAGACUUUAGAUGUUUUGCUGCAUUUUCUUUUUAAAGAAAUGUACAACUAUUUUGAAAUGUAAUAUAUUUAACUUAAUUUUGGUUCUCAGUGACUUUUAAAAAGUUGAAGAGAAUACUUAUACAAGCUUAUCAUCAAUGAUUAUAUUGUAUAAAUGUGUUCAUUUUAUUGGAACACUGCCAAGGUAUAUUAGCUACGCUAUUUAAUACAAAAUGUAGUGUUAGUGGUAUCGCUAUAAAUCUCUUCCGCGUCAGUUUUAUAUUGUAAAGAAGAAAAAAAAGUUAUUCUUUCUUUUUUUCUGAGAAUGAACCAUGGAGUUUUUGUUUGUUUUUUUAUUGAUGUAAUGGUUAACUUCCCCUUUGUAUGUACAGAUCUGGAAUGUUAGAGAUAUUUUAGAUGCAGUUUAAUUCAUCAGUUAACGAAGAUGCGCUAUAACUUACUUUUUAAUGUAUCGCUGAAAUUCAAAUAACCUGUGCUUUGGCCAACCACUUCAAAACCAUUUUUGUGAGCUAAUGUGUUGAGCUGUUCUCCAAUCGGCGCUAUAGCCAUACGGCACUCAAUUUUUAUUUUAUUUUUAGCUAGAGUACAAAUUGGAGAACAGUUCAAACCACCCACAAAGAUAAAAAUUACUUUUGAAGUGGGCGGCCAGAGCACGGGGUAUUUGAAUUUCUGCACUACAUUAAAAAGUAAGUUAAAGCACAUCUUCAUUAACUGAUUAAUUAAUCUCCAUCUAAAAUAUUGGAUCUGUUUAUACUAUGUGGAAGGUUUAACAUCACUUUAAGCUCUGCAUUUGGAAAAUAGUUAUGUUGUGGAAGUUGCAAAUAGAUAAUAGGGAUUGAACCUAAGGGUCCAUUAUAUGAAUUAACGCCUCAAAUGAACAAAGCCUUGUAAUGUCUAAAUACAUACAACUCAACCUUA